AUGGCAAUACUGACCGUCCUUCCAACUGCUUUAGCGUUGGCCCGCCAACUUUCACGGACUGACGAGGACCUCGCCUCUGCACUUAUCCUGGCUGGCAAGAAUGAACCUGCCUGUACCGAUAAUGGGCGUCAGUUGCAAAAGUCCAGAGUGAUUUCUUCAGGGCCAACUACAUGGCACACAGCUCCAGUCGGCCCCGAGCGUCCAGACACAACAACCCUAGGCAAGGGGCAGUCUACACAACACGAAUUGCCCCAUACCGAUCCCGCAUCUAGCACCAUCGAAAGCAUUCCAAAUCCGCCAAUCCCUGGUGAACCAGCUCCAUCGAUUAACGCCCUUUUUGCGGAGGUCAAUGCUUUUGCGAAGAGUCAUGGUUUUGGUAUUAUUAAGGCCAAUGGCGUAGUACGACCUGGACAUCGAAGUCGAUGCGUCUUCCAAUGUGAUCGAUAUGGAGCUCCACGGCCCGGAAGGGGUGCUGGCAUUCGGAAACGAAAAUCUCGGAAGUCUGGAUGUCAAUGGAAGAUUAUUGCCGAGACCUUGCCUGAGAACGGUUUCUACUGGACUCUGCGGCAAUUCCCAAAUACGGAGCACCACGAACACAACCACGAGCCCAGCGCCGAUGCUGCCGCCCACCCAGUUCAUCGGCGACUAACCAGUCCUGUUAAGGCGAUUGUGCAAUCCUCCAGUCGACGGAUUGGGAUCCGUGCACGAGACAUUGGGGGCAUUGUCCGAGAUCAUUUCCCAGACUCAGUUUACACUCCGACAGAUAUCUACAAUGCCAGAGCUCGGAUCAGCAGAGAGAAUCUGGGUGGCUAUGGCUCUACGGCUGCACUGAUCAAGCUCUUUGACGAUAAGGAGAUCCCUUACAUUGCCGAGUGGGCAGAUGAUGAACCCGACCGCCUGAUAGGGUUGGUUUGGACCUUUCCUUACUGUGUCCGCAUGUGGAGGCGUUUUUCCGAAGUCGUCAGUUUCGACAACACGUACAACACGAACCGUUUUAAGUUGCCACUUUUCCAAGUUACGGGACAAACAUGCUUGGGCACUGUCUUUAACGCCGCAUUUGGGUUAAUCGACAAUGAGAGGCUUGAAGGGUUCCAAUUCCUCGCAAGUGGUGUCCGCAAGCUCCUUGACCAGUACAGCAUACGGGCGCCGGACGUUAUUAUUACCGACUUUGACAAGCAAAUGAAACAGGCACUUGAGGUUGAAUUCCCAGAAGCCCAGCAGCAGAUAUGUAUCCACCAUAUCAACUCCAAUGUAAUGCUGCAGUCAAAACGGAGAUGGAUCUAUACCACGAGGGACAUUAGUACGGGGGAAGAGAGCAGUUCAGAUGAGCCUGAUGCAAGCCUCAACCAGCACGAUCGGCAGGCUGUACGGGCCUCUGAAAGACCAGAGGAGCUAGUCGCUCAAGACAAUUCGCCUGAACCCAUAGCCCAUGAUUACCACGGUGUCCUUGUUCUGUGGAGGCAGGUGGUGUUUGCCGAGACUGAAGAAGAUCAUGAGAAGGCGUGGAAACGUCUAUGCUCGGAAUUUGGUGACCAACGAGCGAUCCUCGCGUACUUGUAUAGUACGUAUCUGCCUGUGAGGGAGCAGUGGGCCCGCUGCUUCAUCAGGAAGUACCGUAACUUCGGCAUACGAGUGACCUCUGGCACGGAAGCCAGCAACAACAAUGUCAAAAGCUAUCUGCUGAAUGGAAUGAGCCAUUUGUAUCGGCUUGUCGAAGCGAUUCAGGGUAUGCUAGAAGACCAGGAAAGGGAGUUUCGCCAAGCUUGCGCCCAGGACGAGGUGUUAACGGCGCGAGAGCACGUAGGGCGCGGCUCGGAGUAUCUAGGCGAGCUGCCUCAGACGGUAUCUCAAAAGGCACUUUCGUUCAUUACUCGGGAGCGCCGCAAGGCGUUGAAAGGCAUCCGAAGCCCUAAGAAUCCGUGGCCGAAUGCUAUAGGGCCGUGUGACGGUACUUGCACUGUGUCCAUCGAGCUAGGCGUCCCCUGCUAUCAUGCCAUUUACCGGAAGCUCAUCAACGCAACGCGGCUAACCAAGUGGGAUGUCCAUCCUCGAUGGCAUCUACGAGAGCCGCUGAGCGAUGACGUAUAUCGUCGAAUCUUGGACCCGAAGGUCGCUACCAGCCUUCGGGGGCGACCUAGAAACAAACCCCAGCCUGUACCAGCGAGAAUGGCAGUUCAGGACGGCAAUCAGGCUGGGCGCAGUCAGGUUUCCACCGCUCAGCCUCUAAACAAUCGGCCAAACCGUCAAUCAUGUGCAAGCCGACAUAAGACGGCUCUGGACAGCGUGGCGCGCGAAGCCACCCAGACACAAAAGAGCCAGCCAAACCGUAUAAGGUCAGUAUCAAUAGGGUCAGGGAAGACAACGGGGGGUCGGGCAAGUGGGCGGAGGAUUCAACCAAGUGUACGAAGGCGGCGAUCUCAAUGGGAGGUAUCAAGUGAUGAGACAAGGCUUCCUGUCCAAAUAAGGUCGGCGGCAGUUGGAAUUGCCGUAAGGGCUCCGAGCAAAUGUAGCAAAUGUCAUGGGUUUGGCCAUAGGAAGAACUCCAAGGCAUGUCCCAUGAAGUACUCGGGAUCAGCGUCUCAAUCGGAAAGCAAAGGCCAGGAGCGAUGUAUUGUAGUCAAAUUGUAA